AUGCUCCGAACUGUAGCACCACGACACGGCUCCUUCUACAAAAGAAAAAAAAUCGAGCUUCGACAUCUUCGCUGCAGCAACAAUCUUGCCGGAAACAUGUCUCUGUUCUCGCUCAACGUGUCUCCAGAGGUGAUACAGAGUGCGUGGUUCAAAACACACUUAAGCUCACUUGGACUUGACAACAUCAAGCUCUACGCGUACCAGAAGUUGGGCUCGUUCUCAAUUGCAUAUGGUGGUGGGUUUUUGAAGCAGACGGUGGAACAAUUGACCACAUAUGCUAAGAAGGACUGGGUUAAUAAGGACGACUUGGUGCACCACGUGCAAAGUGAUUUGGAGCAGUAUAAUUUCUUCACGUCAUCGUCGGACCCAAAGCUGUUUUAUAUGGCUGUGGGGCUCAUCUCGUUCAUCGAACACGGGAACGGGAACCGUGUUCAGGCGCUUACAAACGAGCUUGUUGAUUCGUACUUGAAGCUUGGAGGUGCUCACUUGGGGCUCACACCUCCCUCCGCGACCGAGAAGCGUAUAUUGAAGGUUGCCUCUGAGUAUUACAAGUCGGUGAAAAUCAACUACCGCAAUUUAUAUGAUCCCCUGUUGAACUUGCGAUGGGUCCAGAUUGGCGAUGGUGCAGGCAUCACCGUGCCUCCAUUGCCACAGGUCAAGUCAAAGCACUUAUUAGCGCGCGCUUUGCUCCAUAAGGAGUUGUAUCUAGCGUUGUCUGAUCCGAACCAUCUGGUUCAUGCGGCCUUGGUGGCCAGAGGCAUUCCUGUUAAUGCCGACACUCUGAGAGUAAUCCGCCACGAUUUGCUGUUUUUGGAUGGCUUGGGCGAUUACUUGAUAGCCACAGAAGCCUCUGCGUUUUUGUACAAGUUCCGUCUGCUGAAGCCAUUCUCUGACGACGAAACAUUUGGCCGUAAAACAUACCACUCGCUCCGAAGAAUCUUGGGCACGAACACUUUGCUCUCACGCUUAGCUUUGGUUUACAACCUACACAAUGCUCUUGAAGAUCCUGUGGUGAACAGAACACUCUUCGAGUCUUACAUUCCUAACUUGUGCGCCGGGAACCACCAGGAACGUACCGACGAAAUAGUCUACGAAGAGGAGUUCGCAGCAGACUAUUUCGAACAAUAUGUCGGAGCUUUAUAUCUAGAAAAUCCGGUGGCCGCAAAGGCUUGGCUUAAUGACUUGUUCGAGCGAAUACUUUAUCUGAUCUCCGACGAAUAUCGUGUCCUGCUUGGAAAGAAGUCAAGACGCUAUAGAUAUGACUACAAAGCUUGGAGCGUAGAUGUGAUUGGCAGGUCCGUCUAA